UAUCUGAGAAACUGCUCUUCUCCUACAUUUUCUCUUCUCUCCUGAACCUCUUAGAAACUCAACUACUUGCUCUCUGCUUAAAAAAAAAAUUUAAUAAGCUUCGCGAGCCACAUCUUCCCACACUCUUCUUCAUUCUUCUGAUUUCGCUGGAAAGCUUUGUUCGACUCUUGUCAAACAUGGCGGGAUACGAUUGUGUGCCGAUGAGGAUGAAGAGGAAGGAGAUUGACCGAGUGAACGACGACUUCUCCGAUUUCUCCCUCUCUUCUCCCGCCACUAAGAUUCGCCGUCUCGAUUUGGAUUUACCUCCGAUUAUGGAGGAAGAGGUGGUUAUGGAGGAUGAUAUCCAGUCUCCUCCUCAAAACGAAGAGAGAGCGAUUGUGCUUUUCAAGCCUCCUCCUCCUCCUCCUCUACUUCACCAGCCUAACCUAUUCGUUGAUCGAAGCUUGAUCUCAGGGUUGAGGAAUAGGUUUCUUCAUGAUGUAGCAGUAGCUGAUGAAGAUUACAAAGCCAACAAGCAACAAGCUGUUGUUCCCUGGAACCCAUCCCAGUUUCAGUUUUUGGAAUCCGCUGGAACCACCUUCCAGGAACCCCGGGAGCCAGAGAUUGUUGAGCUAGAUGGUGAUGAUACGAUGAUGGAAGAAGCAGACAUGGAUGUCGAAGAUAAAGGAAGAGGAAGCAGCAUCACUAAUGCUAGUGUUUCUCUGCAACAGCCGCAGCAGCUUCUUCACUGUAUGAUGCCUCAGCAGCUUCCCCAAACAAACUCUACUCCCAUCUCUUGGUUCCGAUGAACUUGUAUGUUUGGGUUACAUAGAAGCAGUGUUUGUCAUCAGUAGUUUUCUAGCUGUAUAUUUGGACUCUUUCGCUACGUGUUUAAAUGUGAUCUUCGCGGAUUUAAUGCAAGUUGAUGAGUUUUUGGUAAGAGUAAUGAAUAUGAAAGAGUAAGUUAGCCU